CCGGAAUCACUGACCUUACGCGUCUAGAGCUAGCUUUUAAAAAGUGACUACGAUCGAAACAAGUGGAGAGAAAAAAAAGUGUAUUUUCCCCUCUAAUCUGUUACAGGAUGGGGAUCGCUGUGAAGUGUCAGAAACUGAUUUGUCGGGAAUGUACGAAUCGCAGGAUUUAAAACAGCUGCGAGCUUGUGGAUCUAAUCUCAAAAAAGCGGAGAAAACUUCGUGCCAUGAAGUGCCACACUAUGGACCUAGAUGACAUAAUCAUUCAAGAAGAACGACUAGUGACUCUAAAAGUUUAUAUUCCGGAUCUACUCAUACAAAAAAAUUUUCAGUUUCAAAAUGAUGAAUACAUUUGGGACAUCAAACAACACAUAAUAGUUUCAUUGCCUAAGGAACUUAAAGAAAGCUUCAAUUACGGAAUUUUUUGUCCUCCUAUCAAUGGUAAAGCUGGUAAAUUCUUGGAUGAACAAAGGCCCUUGGCUGAUUAUCCAUUUCACACAUCUAUUGGUUAUGUAGAACUACGGUACAAAAGAAGAGUGUACAAAAUGAUGAACGUUGAUGAAAAGCAAAUAAAACAACUUCAUACGAGGGUCAACCUGCGAAGAAUGUUGGAACAUGUUAACAGUGGCCAGAUUGAGAAAAUUACAAAAAUGUGUGCCAGGGGAAUGGAUCCAAACUUUCAUUGUCCAGAAAGUGGAGAAACUCCUCUGACACUUGCUUCUUCCUUAAAACAACCUUCUAAGAUCAUUAUGGCAUUAAUAAAUGGUGGGGCCUUACUAGAUUUUAGAACCAAAGAUGGGUUGACUGCUCUGCAUAAAGCAGUAGAGAAAAACAAUAUUGAAGCUUUAAAGACUCUUCUUGAUUUGGGAGCAUCGCCUAACUAUAAAGACAGUAAGGGAUUAACGCCAUUAUACUAUACUGUUUCUCAUUCAAGUGAUCAUCAAUUAACUGAGCUCUUGUUACAUGACCAUGCUUUCAUUGGCACUUGUGAUCCUCAAGGUUGGCAAGAAGUACAUCAGGCUUGUAAACAUGGUCUAGUGCAGCACCUUGAACAUUUACUAUUUUAUGGGGCUGAUAUGAAUGCUAGAAAUGCCAGUGGAAAUACACCUCUACAUGUAUGUGCUGUGAAUGAUCAAGAGAGCUGUGCACGGGUGCUUCUCUUUAGAGGAGCAGAGAAAAAUGCUCUUAAUUUUGCUAACCAAAGCCCUUAUCAAGUUGCUGUUAUAGCUGGUAAUUUAAACCUUGGUGAACUUAUUCGAAAUCAUAAUCCAGAAGAAGUAGUACCAUAUCGAGAAAUGCCAAGGUACAAUCCCAGAAGAAGAGCUAGCAUUGCACCAGUUACUACUCUUAGUAGGACUCAUAGUGAUCCUCGCCUUGAUUUACACCUGGGUAUGAAACCACCAUCUCCUUGUCCUUCUAACUGCUCCCUGCCUCCUUUUUCUUCCAUGUCAUAUAUAUCUGAUGCAUCUACCGGUUCAUCUACUUGUACACAGCCUAGUGGGGACGACAGUGAAGAUACUGCUUCAGGCAGUGUUGUUACAGAAAAAAGUGUUACCAGUGAUUCCUCUGGUGUCUGCACUAGCAACAGUGAAUCUGGUAUGGAACCAAAUGCAUCUAGUGAUAUUUUUUUGCCUGGUAACAUAUGUAUUUGUGUUACUGAUUACAGUUCUUUAGUGCCUGGUCAUCUUCAACUAUCAAGUGGUGAUACAAUAGAAGUUAUCAAUGAAACAGAAGAUGGCUUACUUCUUGGUAGGACAGACAGUGGUCAAGUUGGUCAUUUUCCCUCUUCUUGCGUCCAAGAGCUAGCUUCCAAAGGCUUUGACCCUUCUCAUUCUCCUGGAGUUUCUAGAGUUGAAGGAAGAAGAGAGCGAUCAGUGAAAAGAGUGAGCAUUAUUCCUAGGAGAUGGAAAGCACUUGGAGAACCACGAACUGUUAUUCUGCACAAAGGAAAGAAAGGCUUUGGUUUUGUUUUACGUGGCACUAAAGCAUCCAGUCCUUUGAUGGAGAGAGAGAUGAAUUUUAAAUUGCCUAGCCAAUACCUGGAAGACGUUGGGAAAGGAGGGGUUGCUGACUUGGCAGGUUUGAAGAAAGGAGACUAUUUAUUAGAGAUCAACGGACAAGAUGUAUCCCAAGCAUCUCAUGAACAUGUUGUGUCCAUUAUUCACCAAUCAGGAAAUUUGGUGGCUAUGACAGUCAUAACCUUGCAAAAUGCAUCUUUUGGAACUUCAACAGAUAGUCAUUCCUUGCCAUAUCGCCAGUGUGCCACUCUACCUCGUAAAUUAGUGAGCAAAAAAGCCCCUGCACCUCCUAAACGAGAUCCAAAGACAACUUUAUCUGUUGGCAGAGUUCGAGCACGAUCUAUGGUUGCAGGUUUGGCCGAAAUAGAAUCACUUGAUCGUUCACUAAAUGAGUAUGAUUCCGAAGGAAGGUCAACUAAAAGCAGCUCAGUGGAAAGCAUUCCUAAUAAAACAGCAUUAAAAAUGUCCGACCGUCAUUUAACUAAAACGGCAUCCAUUAAAGCUCGACCUAGCUCACAACGAGUGUCAGCUGCUGAACUUGAACAAUUUUUUGCUAGACAAGGAUCAAAGACACAAAUCCGUAGCUAUACUUUAAACAGCAGAUCACGCAUUGUAAACCGUCCACCAAAAGUAUACGGUAGUGUGGCUGAAAUGAAACGGUCCAAAGCAUCUAGAUCUAAACUUGCUGAAGCAUCAUUAAAAAUUCGCAAAGACUUUUUUAGUACUCCCGAUUUAAAAGCUUCUAAUUCAAAUGCAACACCGAGUCACUCAAUAUUUAAGAAAAAAAGUCUAAGUCAGGAAGAUUUGCAUAAUAUGGAGGGAAGUCGUCAUUCUUGGGCAUGCACACCAAAUGGGUAUAAUAGUUACCUUAGUCUUUGUGAUAAUGAUUAUGGCAUGAACUACCAAGAUGCUUGGAAAUCCAUAGAAGAUGUAUAUGACAGUACUGUGCCUGUUGCCACCAGGAGCACUACUGACAUAUAUGCUCAAACGUUGCCCUUACCCAAAAAAGAGAAAUUGUUCAGAGCAAGUUGUCCUCCUCCUUCUCAUCCACCGCCUCCUCCUCCUAUUGGGCAAGUGGUUAAAGUUGAUGUUUCAAAAGCCUUAGGUGAAUAUGCUAAUGUAAAUAUUAUGGAUGAUGAGAGAAAUUCUCAAGUAAUGUCUAGUUUCCGUCCAGGAGACAGUGCCAAACUAUACGCAUCACCUGAGGUUGUAAUGAGUGUUGGAUACAAAUCAGAAACAGUUAAUGUACCUAAGGACCUGCCACAACCAAGACGUGCUGGAGGCGGGUCUGGCCUUCGAUCACAGUCACUUCCUCCUAAAAUUCCUGCUAAUAAGUCUGACAGAGGAAGUACUACUUCUUCUGAAGCCGAAAAUAGCGGUGACUCUGGAGGUGUAUAUUCUGCAUUCAAAAAAACUAGUCGUCAGAGGGAUUCUAUGUCAACGGAUAGUGGCCAUGCGUCUGACAGAGCAGCAAUGUGGACUUUAAAGGAAAAGAAUACUGCUACUAGUGCCUAUGCUUUAAAGUUUGAUUUUGACGAUUCCGAUGCUGGGAGUCCUCAGAAUUAUCCAACAGUCAGAACUCCAAGCCAUGAACCAUUUAUUCCCGAGCCUGAUUAUGAAAGUAGUGAGGAUGAUUACAUUCCUACAUCUGUUGACAAAGGAGGGAGUCUUUCAACGUUUGGCAAAGGAGAUUCGACAAAUCCAGAUGAAAAAGUUCCUUGUGAGCAAAAUCACCUUGAGUUGCAAUCUGAAGUACUAAGACCUUUAAGUCCUCAUACAGAAGCCAAACGUGCCAUACAGGAAGCAAGAGAAAGGCUUCGGUUUUCUCAAAAACCUAUAGAUAAGAAUGCUACUGUAGUUUUUAUAAGUGGUAAAAUAACUGAGCAUAAAGUAGAAAAAAGUGAGAUUCAACUUCAUAGAACUGAAGAGGGUAGGUUGACGGGAACAGUUGUGAUAUCAACUACAAAUGAGCCCCAAGAACCUUUAUAUUUGUCAUCUUCAAUCCUAAAAAACUAUGAAACUGAAAAAUCUGUUGUUCCUCGUUAUCCAAGCAGAGAUGCUCCUGCUUCAGAAUAUGCUAAAUACAGGCAACAAAUUCUGAGUGGUAUGGCUCAGCCUACUGAUGAAGAAGAGGCCGAAAGUAAUUCUGAAAUUUUGGAUGGAAAUAAUGAAACUCCUGAAGUGAAAGACUUUCCAAAUAUUUCAAAAGACGCUAUUCAAGAAACUGUGAAACAUGCUUCAGUAGAUGGAAUUAAGAUUUCACUAACUGGAACUCAGAAACAUCCUUUAGAAAACAAAGAAAGUCCUGUAAGUAAGAAGCACUCAGAAGAAAGUCAUUUAGAAUUAAAAGAAGAACGUUGUAAUGACACUGCCGAUGCUGAAAGCAAUUCUACUAAGAUUUCUUCUGAUUUAGAAACCAAAAAUGAUGAUCAAAUGUUGCAUAGUUCUAAGGAGGAGAAUAAUUCUGACUCUGUCGUGCAUACAACUUCUGUUAACCAUGUUAGUGAUAAUUUUGAUAAAAACCACGUUACUGUUACCUUUGAUGUAAAUAGUAAGAGUAUAGAAGUUAAAGAGCCCAAAAGUAAGUUUGAUCCAACUAAUAAAGUGCCAGAAUAUUCACACGUUGAACCAUGGACAGACAAAAACAUUCCGGUUAGAACCAGUGAGAAAUCGGUCAAAAAGGUCGAGAAUCAAAAUAAAGAAAAAAGUUGUUUGGGAAAAGCAACAGUUCGUGAUCCUUAUCCGAAUGUAAAUAAAACUGCUCAAAUGAAAAACAAACUAAAGGCUGAACUAUCCUCCCGAAUUGUUGAUAGAAAAGUUUCUUCUACAGCAGCAAGUUCAACAGAAAGUAGCUUAGAAGAAAGUUUAGAAGUUUUGAGGUCACAAGUGAAUUCUCUGGGUUUAGCGGCAUUAAAUGAAGUUGAUGUUUUUACCGACUUAGUUCCUCCUCCUCCAGAGUUUGCUGCUUUUUCUGAUAUGAAUUCAAGAAAAGAACCGCCUUACUCAGCAUCAGAAAUAGCAAUUGCUCCUCCUCCAGAAUUUUCUGAUUACUCCUCUCAUGCAAGGAGUAAAGUAUCGCAGCGUGCUUCUAAUUCCCAAAAAAGAAAUCAUCCAAUGAGUUAUCAAAUUGACCCUUCUAACUCGGUAAAUCUAUCAUUUUUAUCCUCCCUGCGGAACAAAUCUCCAAAUAUUGUGCAAAUGGUUCGAGGGGAUAAGAAAUAUAAUUUAGGAAGUGGUAGAGGGAGUAUAAAUCUUCAUUUACCAUGCACAAGUGGCGUCAGAUUUGUACCUUCAAACAUUACAGAACAUUCAUCAGUGCAAGAUGGUAGCUCAAGCAGCGAGCUAUCACGUUUAAAAUCUGUGCAGAAGGAAUUUAGAUUUAAAUUGCUUCAAGAAUGGACUGCUAAUGAUAUUGCUGACUGGCUAGACAGUUUAUUUCUUCCUGAAUAUAAACAACGUUUUUCAGAGGCUGGUAUAACGGGUGCUAAAUUAGCCAAUAUGGACAGCAACGAUCUAAUGGGAUUGGGAGUUAAGCAAAUGGGGCACAGGUUGAACAUGGAAAGAUCGUUAAAAAGAUAUUUAAAGUGAUGAGUAAGUUAAAAUUGUAUAGAGAAAUGCUUGUUAUUGCAUUAGCUGAUUCUGCUAUCACAAAUGAAAUAAAUAAGAUAUAUAAUAGUUUUCUGGUCACUAAAAUCAAUAUAGUAUAUAUACUUAUCUCCAUUUCAAUAUUGGCAUUAUUCCCUGCAGUUAAUAAAAUGUCUUCAUUGAAUUUUGUAUUUUCAUUACAGCUGAUAUAUAGUUGCAUGUUAAAGAUAUUUUAAACUAGAAAUACAUUUUCUUUAUGCAGAUCAGCUUGAACAAAAUUAGAGACGAAUUGUUCAAGACAGCUGUAUUUAUUAAAUGCGUCAUUUCUGAAAGGGACUUGACUUUUCUUCCUAAGGCUUAAAUGUGCAUUUGUUCUCCUUUGUAAAUUAUGAAAGAUUCUUAAAUGGAGAAUAAAUAAGUUGAAGCCUUGUGUUCAUUCUUACUAUAAGCUUUCUACCCUUUCAGAAAUGAUAACUGUGUAGAGGAAAUAUGAUAAUUCCAAAUGUUGUCAAUUGCAUAUUUUAAUUUGUAUAAAGUAUUUAUUAUUC